AUUACUUGAUGGUUUACUGCAGACGACAGCUCCGAGUAACGUCACGCUUGCACAACAGUUUUUGUUUACUUUCUAACUUUUUGAAGUUACCAAAGUUUCGUGAAAGAACAAAUUUAAUAGGAUUAUGAAAUAUACGCGCUAAAAUGUCAUUUGUCAUUUCUAAAAAGUCAAAAUUGGUUAUGAGUUACAUGUGAGGUAAAAAUGGUAGUUUGCAAAAGUUAUGUAGCCGUUAUCUCAGAAGCAUGGACAUUCUUGGAAGUAAGAUACUUAUUAUCUUUAUAAUUUUGGAUGCAUGGAUAGCUCACUGUCAUCCGCGUUCGAUCGAUCAAGAAGAAUGUCGACAAUUUUCUACUCCAAGACAGACUCAGGCCAUGCCUCUUCUCCCCGAUAUAUUUCCUUUUAGGUUGAAAACAGAUCUGUGUACCAGAUCAAACCCUUUAAUUGUUGGGGGAACAACUGCUGAGCCUGGAGAAUUCCCUCAUAUGGCAGCGCUGGGAUACCAGAGCGAUGAUGGUGAAAUAGAAUGGCUCUGUGGGGGAUCAUUGAUCAGUAGUCGUUUUGUCAUUACAGCUGCUCAUUGUGUAAAAUCUCGCAGAGGUGCACCACAGUGGGUUCAAAUGGGUAUGGUGAGACUACAGAACACUACCGAGUAUAAUCGAAGAGUGGAAGCUACUUGGGUGUAUUCAGAUUACGAUCCUCCUGCUGUUUACAAUGACAUAGCUCUUUUAAAAUUGGAGCAAACCUUAGUUCCUAUGUUAAACAUACGACCUAUUUGCCUCUCAGUACCUGAAGAUUUAAUCACCCCCGAUUCGAAAGUCUUUGCUACAGGAUGGGGCAGAACCGGAUAUGGACUUGAUUCCAGCCAGACGUUGUUGAAAGUGCCUCUGAAGAUGGUGGAUGAUGAGAAGUGUAAAACCUACUAUUCAGCAGACAGAUUCUUGCCUGAUGGAAUCAGUGAUCGACAAUUCUGUGCCGGACCAUAUGAUAAUGACUCGCAAGAUACCUGCCAGGGUGACUCUGGAGGUCCAGUCCAAGUUACAAGUAGGGAUAAUGAAUGCAUCCAGUUUUUAGUUGGAAUCACUUCAUUUGGCAAAUACUGUGGAAGUGGAACUCCAGGAGUAUACAUGAAAAUAGCACCAUUUCUGCCGUGGAUAAGGAAUAUUGUUUGGCCAACAGAACCGAUUUGGCCAUCACGAUGAAUCAAAUUCAGCAUGACAUUUAUAAUUAGAAUAUUCUUAUCUUUUCGUUGUUUAUUUUUUGGCUUAUAUUCUUAAUCUGCUAUAAGAAAAUAUGAUAUAGGUGGCAGACUAUUUAACUGACUACAAUUAUUACUAUUAUAUUGUAUAUAAAAUACCAUUGUCUGUACAGCAAUAAAAUAAUUACAACAUA